CGCAUGCGCACUAAGACGGCGACGGUGCGCGUCGGAUAGAUAGAAAUUCGACCCGAAGACACGACUAGGCGGGCUUGCUCCGCUCGCCCAAUUAGCUUGCGCUCUCGAAUAUGCGGUACUGCGCGUGCCUCGCGCGACUUUGAAAACGGGCGGUUGCGAUUUCUCCAAUACAUUUUCCUGCCCACAUCAGCAGCAACCGGCAAUGACGUCACGGGUGAUUGAAAUACUCUUACGUGCAACUGGGCUAUUAUGAUUCCGCACACACAAGCACCUCCCUCAGGAUCAAGGAUUGGCUCAUGGUUCAAAGGUUACAGUCGAGCAUGGAAGCUACUACCGGGUCAAAAAAGCGUAAAAGGUCUUACUACAGCCUUGCACCACACUCGAAGAGAAAGAAGGAGGAGUUAUGUCCAGGGUUGGCAGGCAUUCUGAUAUCAACAAGUGAUCACGAGAGACUGUGUGUAUCUGAAGCCUAUAACCUACUCAAUGAGUAUGCUGACCAACUUUAUGGACCUGAACCCAAUGGAGAUGACACUCCGAGCAGUGGAGAUGAUGUUUCUCUGAAAUUGGCACAAGAGGUGGAUAAACUACGUGGUAGUGAGGAGAAACCCAGGAGAUUCCAAGCUGUUGACACAGGAACAAAGCAUCUAGUGUUUGUGAAAUGCCACCCACUGGUUGAUCCUGUUCUUCUCGUACACCAUAUGCUCUCCAGUGUAAAGGAAGCAAAAGAGCAUAAGGCAAGGUUUUGCCAGCGGUUUAUUCCUGUGUCAGCAGUAUGUCAUGCUACAGACAGAGAUAUUCAGAAAUGUGUAUCUAAUGUGUUCGCACCACAUUUCUAUCUGGAGAAAUCUAUACUGAAGUUUGCUGUUGUUUACAAGGCCCGAAACAACCAGGAUGUGAACCGAGAAGAAAUCAUUAAAACACUUGCUUCACUGGUAACUAUGAACGGGGACUACCCUCAUCGAGUAGAUCUUCUUAAUCCUGAUCUCACCAUUGUCGUGGAAAUAGUGAAGGUCAUACUAAAGCACUUGUGUGUUCACAUUAAAGGAACAGACUUAGGCUUUGUAACUAAGAAGUCUGAUUCUAUGCUUCUUCAAUUUAAUGGCAGAGGGAGGGGAUAUAGAGAGCGAAGACACACAAUGUGCCAAAUGUUGUGGAGAGAAGCAAGUGGUAAAAGCUGUUAAGUAUGCACUCUGAGAGUAGCACAAGCUGUGAACAUAGUGUGUAACCCUGGCAACUUAUUACCCUCAGUGUGCACUUUCAGGGAGGGUUAAAGUAGUUGACGUUUCCUUGCGCAGAGGGUUAGCAGUUCGUAUUGCUACCACUCGUUUGUCCUCAGAGUGGAAGCUUUAGAGCAAGUUUGAUACCGGCAGAUUCUUAUAUAUAGCUCUCCUGCAUAAGUAGUAUUCACUUACUAGUAAUCAGGCAAUUCUGUUUUUGAUACGUCACAGGGUAAUUUUUGUGUCAGUGUUGUAAAGACUUCAACAAACUCAAAAGGUACAAUAUCCAGUCAAUCGUGGGACUAUCAGGAGAUAAAGCUGAAGGAACACUGAGUAAAGAAUCCGAGAACUAACUGCACAUUAGCUGCUAGUUGUACUUGCACCAUUAGGGAUAGGGAAUUUGUUCAUCUCUUAUCUAAGAUUGACCUUGAUUAUGACAUGUG